UUAUAAGUCCAUCCAUGGUAUUCGCACGCAUAAUAAAUAUUUGCCAUUUGGAAUAUACCAUCGACGGACGUCGGCGUAACACCGUCGUCUUCAUCAUCAUCAUCAACAUACGGUUUGAACUUGAACUCUUGAAGCGGUAAUUGUGGAGGUCGCGUACGAGCUCGCCAGAAGCACCAUCGGAACCCAGCCACUUCAGGUGGUCUCGGUAGCCGAAGAAGAAAUACGAUGUGCGAUGUCGGUCGACGUGUGACUCUUAUAUAAAAACACCGCGAGACCGUCUCCAAGGCGAAAAGUUCUGGUGGCGCCCAACACGAAGAUUACAUCCAUCCAUCGGCUUUUGAACUAGUUACUUUGUAGUUACCGAGUCCACUAUAUUGUACUAGAAUCUUUAUAGAAAGAGAAAACUACGAUGGUUCUUCGGUAUUUACUUUUCCUCGUUUCUGCUAUCACUUUAGUGAACAGUUUUGGUGGAGAAGACAAAUUUAUAAGGAAAUAUGCAAUGAUGAAAAUUUACGAAAGUUGUUUUGGAUCCGAAGUCGUUAAACAAAUUCGAAAAGAAAUGAAAGCAGCUUGUCUUAAAUGUGCUUCAUAUUAUGAUCAAGCUUCGUCUGCAUCCCCAACCCCGCCACCGUCGACACAACAACCCCACAAACAGGAAGAAGGAAUGACACUAGACCACGAAAAUGCCAUUUACACAAGCGGUCAACCCUUUGGUAGCGAAAAAUUAAAUCCUACAAUUAUAGCGUACAGACCAAAUCCAUAUUCGCCAGCCAUGUUCAGACCGUUUCCAAAUCCAGGAAUGUUCCCACCCCAACCAGCACCAAUGUUCUUUAGUCCCCAGUACCAACAACCUAAUCCAUUUGUACCCCCUAAUCCCUACGGAUUACCCUUCUUGGCGCAAAGACAAUUCUACGCGGGGCAAAGGAUGGCAAGAAAUAUGGACAUAAAGGGUCAACUUGAUCUACUAUCCUCACGACUGAGUGCAAAGGGAAAGAACGUUACAUGCGUGAUGCAAGAGCUAGGAUAUUUAAAUGAUAAUUUGGAACCCAAUUACGAAAAAAUUCACGAACGUAUCGGAAAUUUGCCUGUUGCAAAUGAAUUGCGAAGUGAUAUUCAAGAAGGAGUACAUUUCUGUCGACAAUUUUCGCAAUGCGUUCCUGAAGUUAAUAAAGAAAAGUCACCGCUAUCUAGAGAACUUGUUAGGCCUAUGUUCUUCUUUAAGUGUUAUAAGCACAAGAAGUUAGAGGCAUGUAUAAUGAAAGAUAUCAGAGAAAAAUAUGCAGGAAUUGAUGAAGAUUUCGAAGGAGAAAUGGAAAUAAGAAGGCACGGAAAAGAUUUGAAAACUAACGAUAACGAUAUCGACGAACUAGCUUCAUCAAUGUACGAAUUUUUGUACGGAAGCGAUGCAAGUUUGGACUUGGAUACGUUUUUAUAAAAUAAAAAGGGCGAAUAAUGUAAGGGAGAAAAGACUUAAUUACAAGUGUUUGAAGAAUUACUUUUCCAGAGGGUCUCACAUAUUGAUCUUUUGAAACUAAUUAAAUUAUUAUACACUUAGUCAAUGCCUAAGGAAAAUAAUAAAGAAUAUUUUUUAUUUACGUAGAUAUUAAACUUGCAAUGGUUUGUGUAGAUUAGUUAAUAAUGUUGGUUGUGAUUGAAUUUCAGCAGUUGAAUCAAAUUAAUUACAAUAAUUAAAGGAUUUUACCGCUGAAAUUUAAUGGUUUACACGAUUGUGUAGGGUUUUAAUAAAA